UAUAGAAAUCUGCAACAUACUAAACAUCACGUACAGGAAGUUCUACCUAAAGACAUUGAUUCUAACUCCUUUACAUACAGAAGUCACACUUGUGGUGAACUGAGACCAGAACAUGAAGGCCAGCAUGUGACUCUCUGUGGAUCGAGAAGGAGUCCUAACUUUAAUUGAGCAACUGCUUUGUGAAUCUUAUACAAAAAGCCUUUCCAAACCUCCAUUCAAUAGAAUGACAUACAAGGAAGCUUUACAAAAGUAUGGGACAGACAAACCAGACCUAUCCUAUGGACUGGAACUGAAGAAAAUCAAGCAUUUAUUCUUAAGGAAAUGUGAUGAUCCUAAUUUCGAAGCAUAUUUGAUUCCAUUUCCAAAGAAAAUUGAGAAGGUUGUAAAAUCGAAGCUUUCAGAUCAAGUAAUGGAAUUAGCUAUUAAAUAUGUAGCGAAAAUAGUGAUGCCAGAUAAAAUGCGAAAAGAGUUUGGAUCAUAUUUUGUUGAGAGAAUCCAGGAAAUAAUUGGGGAAUCUAAUUCUUGUAUCAUUGCUAUGACAAAGACUGAAGAAAGCACUUGUUUGUGUUUAGGAGAAUUGCGGCAAUCCCUGGCAUCUCUGUUGAAGUCUAAAAACUUGUUAAAAAUCAAUGAAAAUGUGGAGCCUUUUUGGGUUAUUGAUUUCCCACUAUUUGUAAAUGGAAAGAAUGGCCUAGAGACUUGCCACCACCCCUUUACUGCUCCUCAUCCUGAGGACUUGCAUCUGCUGGAUACUGAACCAUUGAAAGUGAGGUCAUUAGCUUACGAUUUAGUAAUGGAAGGGAAUGAAAUUGGAGGUGGUUCUGUGCGGAUCCAUGAUGUAAAGCUACAGGAGAAAAUACUGAAAAUGUUGAAGAUAGACGGAGGGACGUUGACACACUUUUUGAAUGCUUUGAAGAGUGGUUGUCCUCCUCAUGCUGGUAUAGCUUUAGGAAUAGAUAGAUUAGUAAGUUUAGCCUGUGAUGCUGAGUCUAUAAGAGAUGUGAUCGCGUUUCCAAAGUCACAUGAUGGCAAGGACCCUCUGUCCGGUGCACCUAACGUGAUAAGUGAAGAGGACAAAAAAUAUUAUCACAUUGUAUCUACUGAAAAAAGCAAUGAUGACAAAGAUGCGAAGGAAUAAUUUAUUUUAAAAUGUGAAAUUAAUGUUUUAUUUCUUGCUUAAAUGUUUUAUCUUUUAA